UGUUUACAAACAAACAGUCAAACAGUUUGUUUGAUAGCAACUCAAUGAUUGCGACAAUCAAUUGAAUGGAUUUACUAUUGAAGACACUAUCUAUUGAUUGAUUGAUUGCCAUCACUGGCCAACACAUCCACACACACACCUGAAGACAUUAUAAGUAUCAAAAGUUUCAGAUAUCAUCGUCAUUACCGGCGCCGACGCCCCCCUCCCGCACACCACCGACGCGUCGGUUUGUUUGGUUGGUUGGUCUCUAAAUAUUAAGACAUUAUAUAUACAUUCAAUCGGAUCCGCGGAUCUGACUGACUGACUGACUGACUGGACGACAAUAUGUUGGACAUCUACAAGGAUGUGACUAUCAUGAAGAACCUGCCGCUUACUAUUGAAAGUAUCUGUGCCUACGAUGACUAUAUUAUUGUCGGUACAAAACAGGGACACCUAUUGAUGUAUAAGUUUGAGAUCCGGCGAAACUCAUUGAAUGAGAUCAAACCGGAAAUCCAUUUGUUACGGUCGAACAAGGCUUUCGCUAAGAAACCGAUUGUCCAAAUCGAGGCCGUACCCGAUCUACGAAUACUGGUCAGCCUAUCGGAUACAGUAAUUAGUGUACAUAACUUGGAUCAGAUGACAUUCCCGUUGAUGACUUGUGUCAGCAAAUCGAAAGGAUCGUCACUGUUUGUACUGGAUGUCCAACGACAGCGUACGCUAACCGGCGAAAACCAGUGUACACUCAGGAUGUGUUCGGUUAAUAGAUAUCAUUUGCAACUAUACUACUGGAAGAAUCAAGAGUUUCACGAGUUGUCAGCCGAUCUCAAGGUUCCCGAUAUACCCAAAUCGAUUGCCUGGUCCGGCGGUCAGUCCCUUUGUGUCGGGUUUCGAUCCGAGUAUAGUUUGAUUAAGAUAUCCAACGGUGAACAUAAGGAACUGUUUCCGACCGGUGAAAAACCUGAACCAUCAGUAAUAUUGUUGGACAACAAUCGCUUAGCGUUAGGCAGAGACCAGAAAACUUAUAUAAUGAAUUCGGAAGGUUCGCCAAUACUUAACUAUCCCCUACAGUGGUCGGACAGUCCUAUCUGUUUAGUCAACGAUCAGCCGUAUCUGGUGGCUAUACUGCCCAACAAUAUUGUCGAACUGUUAACCAUCGAACCGAAACUACAGAUACAACGUAUGGAUCUAUCGGGGAAAAUAUCAUCCCGAAUCAAAUUGUUGGUCAAAUGUAUUCACCGAUCGGGUCAUAUACUGUUGGCCUCAGGUUCGGAUGUACUCUGUUUGGUCCAGUCAUCCCAUGAACAGCAAAUUAUUCAGCUGAUGGGCGAACAUCACUUUGAACUGGCCCUACAAGUGGCCGAUAUGUGGACCGAUAGCAACAAUGGUAGUGGUAGUAAUCAAUUGGCGCCGUCAUCGGCGGUCAACAAUAAGGAACAGAUGAUGCAACGGAUCAAGAAUAUGCAUGCAUUCGAUUUGUUUUGUAAAAAACAGUUCAAAGAAGCACUCAGUUUGUUCCUGAAGUUGGAAACAGAUCCGCCACAAGUUAUCGGUCUGUUUCCCGAUUUGCUACCCGAAGACUAUCGAAAUAAAUUGGAUUAUCCAUCGAAACCGCCUCAGCUGUUGGGCACUGAUCUCGAAACUGGUUUGUUCUGUCUAAUCGAUUAUCUAUUGGAAGUCCGCAGAAAUUUGGCCAACAAUUCCAAUAGCGGUGUCCACUAUAAUACUGUUGUUGUCGGCGUCGGCGACGAUAAUACCAACACUAGUAGUAGUAGUAGUGAAACCACUGGUAGUCCAUCGCUAAAAGCCAAAUAUCAGUUGAAAAGUAUAAUCGAUACAACACUAUUGAAAUGUUAUCUACAGACUAACGAAGCACUGGUAGCACCAUUGCUACGCCUACCCGACAAUCAUUGUCAUCUGGAGGAAGUAGAAAAAGCGCUGAAACGUUAUCACAAAUAUAACGAACUGAUUAUACUCUACCAGAACAAAGGUCUUCAUCGGAAUGCAUUGGAUCUACUGUUUAAACAAUCGAAAAAACCCGACUCACCGCUGGCCGGCUUCAAGCGUACCGUUCAAUAUCUUCAACAUUUGACGGCCGAACAUUUGGAUCUGAUAUUCGAAUACUCCGAAUGGGUACUCAAACAAUACCCGGAGGAAGGUAUCAAAAUAUUUACCGACGAUGCCGUAGUCGAUAUGGAACUACUGCCCCGUCAAGAGGUUGUCCAAUAUUUGCAAAAAGUCGACGACAACCUACUCGUACCCUAUUUAGAACAUUUGAUAUUCCAGUGGAUGGAUACUACCCCUGGGUUUCAUAAUGCAUUGAUACACAAAUAUAGGGAACGGGUACGCAUAUUGUUAGCUGAUUAUAAAAAUAAUUUAAUGGAUAAGCAGUCCAUGGAAUCGACAUCGGACGGUACAUCCAUAUCCUCAACAACACCGGCAGCUAUGGUAGGCGCCGGUGAAGAACCGGGAGAGUUGGGCGAACUCCGGCGUAAACUAUUGAAAUUUCUUGAAGAUAGCGAUCAUUAUUCAACGGAAACAUUGCCAACGUAUUUGCUAAAUGAUGGCCUGUUUGAGGAACGGGCAGUAGUUAUGGGCAAAAUAGGCAACCAUAAGGAAGCGCUGGUUAUUUAUGUACAUGUCCUGCACGACACCCGCCGAGCGGAACAGUACUGUCAGCGCCAGUACGACAAGGGUUUGCCUGAAAAUAAAAAUGUUUUCCUAACACUACUGGAUCUGUAUCUAUCGAUACCUCCGCGGCUACAAUCGGGUAAAGAUUUGGACACCGGCUCAACGGUGAUGGCCACUACCAUCAACCCGGCCCUGACUAACCUCGAGGCCAAUGUCCAGUCGGCCAUCCAGCUGUUGACCCGACACUCGACCAAAAUAGAUCCGUUGCGGGUAAUCAAACUGUUACCGCCCGACAUACCCGUAGUAGCUGUCGAAGAAUUCCUACACUUGACUACCGAUCACUUGCUGCGGGCCCGACAUUCUGGCCAAAUAUUUCGCAAUCUAUUGCUGGCCAAACGUCUCCAGGUUCACAAACAACGUAUCCGAUUGGAACAGCUAAGCAAACUGGUGGUCGAUGAGGUCGACUUGUGUCAAGUGUGUCAUAAACGUAUCGGCAAAAGUGUUUUUGUACGCUUUACUAAUAGAGAUUUAGUACACUUAAUGUGCAAAGAAAAAUACAACAAUAACUACAAUCUAUAACUAAAAUAAAUAACUAAAUAAUAAUAAUAAUAAU